AUGUGGACCGCUUUAUCAGAACUUUUAAUGGAGCGUAUGGAUGAUCUUAUUUAUGUGGAACUUUUAGUAAUUUCGUUUUUCUUUUCACUUCUUAUGCGAUUGUUUAAAUGUGGUUUGAUGCGAGAAUGCAGUAGUGCUAUAAUUGGAAUAUCACUAAUUUUCUAUAUUGCAAGAUGGCGUGUUUUUUACUCAUUAAUCAUAGUUUUUGGAAAUAUUUUUUUGCAUUCAGUAGUAAAAAAUCGGUAUUUACCGCUAAUAUCGUUUGUGACGACGUUUAUUUAUCUAGGAUUACUUCGCAUGAUUCAUUUGUUUGGUUUUCCUCCACUGGUUGCUCAUGUGAACGCCGUACAGUUAAUUAUAACUCUGAGGUUGGUUGGUCUUUCGUUUGAAAUUGAAGACGCGAGGAGAAAAGACACCAUUUGUUAUGAUACAAAUCACGUAAGAUUUAUUGUACAACCGUGUUGGUGGCAAACAUUCUUUUAUUCUUACAGUUUUGCCGGCUUAUUUACAGGCCCGUAUUACACGUAUGCUAUGCAUCGUGAUGUUGUGGAUAAUGAUAAUAUAAUGGAUGUUUCCGUUUUUGAACAUAUCAAAUGGCGCCUUCUUAUUUUAAUUUGGUCUUUACCUGCUUUCUUAAUUCUGGUUUAUGUGUUUCCUUUGCAGAUGUUACGAGAGAAACAAUUCUAUGACGAAACCAUAUUUUAUCGCAUUUACAUAAGUCUUCUCAUAUUUUUCUGGAUGCGAUGUCGUGUGUACAGUGCAUGGAUGGUUGCAGAAUCAAUUUGUAUUUUAAAUGGCAUUGGUUUGUAUCCAGAAGUAAGUGCUUCACGGGCUGGCCACGGACCUACAAAAUUAAAUGAAUUCAGAAAACAUAUGAACCAUAAAAUCAAAUACGAUACUGAAGCUGUUCGAAAUUUGGAUAUCUGGGAAAUCGAGUUGGAUCCAACUUUCCGUGGUGGCAUAAGAGCUUGGAAUCGAUCGGUCCAAUAUUGGCUCGCUACCUUUGUCUAUAAACGAGUUCCACGAGGUUUUGGAAUGUUGUUAACAAUGUCAGUAAGUGCUUUUUGGCAUGGUGUCCAUCCUGGUUAUUACCUUUCUUUUCUUACAAUUCCCUUAUGCACGUUCGCAGAGGAUUUACUUUUUUCGAUUGUCCCAGUUAAUUCGAAUGGUUGCCGACCAUUUUUCUUCAAUAUUUGCUGGUAUAUAAUACGUCAGUUGAGUUUCGCUUUUAUGGCUUCCGGAUUUUUAUUGUUAACUUGGACAGAUACUAUUCGAUAUUGGAAUUCAGUACACUUUUAUGUACACUGGUUCAUGGUAACCAUUAUAGUCUUCGCAUGGUCAUAUAAAACGUUGAUUUAUACAAGUUCGUAA